CUUGCUCAUGCGCAGUGCUGCAGCUAAGUUUUUGUGCUGCACGUUUCGUCCGGUGGAGGUCAUAGACGUCUGAGUAAAACGCAGUCAAUUAGAUUCCCACAAUGGCUAAACUGUUUGAGUCCAUUGGGAAGCUGGGGCUGGCCCUGGCCAUUGGUGGAGGUGUGGUGAACUCUGCCCUUUUUAAUGUCGACGCAGGACACCAGGCAGUCAUAUUUGACAGAUUCAGAGGAGUCCAGGAUGCGGUCAUCGGUGAGGGCACGCACUUCCUCAUCCCGUGGGUGCAGAAGCCCAUCGUUUUCGAUUGCCGUUCCCGUCCGCGGAACGUGCCCGUAAUCACAGGAAGCAAAGAUCUACAGAACGUAAAUAUUACACUGCGUAUCCUCUUCCGGCCGGUGAGCAGCCAGCUCCCACGGAUCUUCACAAGCAUCGGCGAGGAUUAUGACGAAAGGGUGCUGCCGUCCAUCACUACAGAGGUCCUCAAGGCUGUCGUGGCUCGUUUUGACGCCGGCGAGCUCAUCACCCAGAGAGAGCUGGUGUCUCGGCAGGUCAGCGAGGACCUCACGGAGAGAGCCUCCACCUUCGGCCUCAUCCUUGAUGACGUCUCGCUGACACACUUGACAUUCGGCAAAGAAUUCACAGAGGCUGUUGAGAUGAAGCAGGUGGCCCAGCAGGAAGCCGAGAGAGCCAGAUUUGUUGUAGAGAAGGCAGAACAACAGAAGCAGGCCGCCAUCAUUUCAGCCGAGGGAGAUUCCCAGGCUGCCUUGCUCAUCGCCAACUCCCUCAUGGAGGCGGGCGAUGGUCUGGUGGAGCUGCGUAAGCUGGAGGCGGCCGAGGACAUCGCUUUCCAGCUUUCCCGCUCCCGAAACAUCACAUACUUGCCGUCGGGGCAGGGGACGUUGCUCCAGCUGCCCCAGUGAGGACACUGCCGCUGACUGCUCUCGGUUGCUCGGAAGGCAUCCGUUAGAAAAAUAUGUUCGACCAAUGUGUGAGGAAGAAGUUUGUUUUGUUGGUAAUGCAGUUUAAUCUCUCAAGCUAACCAGUUGAUGCUGCAUUCAGCACUUGUGAAAAUAAAAUGUUUGCAUUGAGAUAAAAACUAGAGAUUCCUUCUACAAGCCUAUUAAAUUCCAUUGUUCCCAA